UCGCAAUUGCCAUCGACAGCAUCAAAUGUUUUCGUCUGAAGAGGUCAACAUGCCUUUGAGCAGCGUACUACAAAUUCGGGGUCCUUUUCCGUGAAACUUCGGUCACCCGAGGCCAAACACGUCGUAGGAAUGCCGCACAAUGUGAUAAUCAGCUGUGCACUCAUAGACAUUGGAAUACAGUGGGGCUUUUUCGUGAUUUCUGCCGUUCUCAGGACUGACCUGCUCUUCGACAUCAUUGGUUCGUUUGCAUUCAUUCUCCUCGCCUUGGUCAGUUAUCACUGGGGUAGCGUAUAUUCUUUGCGGCAACAACUACAGACAUGGAUGGUUGUCAUUUGGGCACUGAGGUUGGGCUUGUACCUCUUUGCGCGGAGGCUGAGGCACGGCAAAGACUGGAGAUUAGACAAGGCUCGUGGACGAAAAAGGAAGUUUUUCCUGUACUGGACACUUCAAGCUCUGUGGGUGUUCAUGGCACUGUUGCCAACAUUACUACUCAACACUUGCCAUAGAAAUAUUUCUCUCAGCAUAAGAGAUUACAUUGGCUGGUCCCUGUGGGGUCUGGGAUUCUGCUUUGAGUUUCUCGCCGACCACCAGAAGGCAGUGUUUCGGAGCAUUCCAGAAAAUGAGGGAAAGUUCAUAUCCACGGGACUGUGGAGCAUCUCUCGCCACCCAAACUACUUUGGGGAGAUCCUCCUCUGGUUCGGACUCUACCUCUCGGCGAGUUCUGUUCUCAGAGAACUGCAGUUCCUCUCUGUCCUCUGUCCCGUCCUCCAGCUGUUACUCAUAACCCGCGUUUCGGGGAUUCCGCCCCUCGAAGAGGAGGGGUACCGGCGCUGGGGCAACGACCCUGCUUACCACGAGUAUCUGCGGAAUACCUCGCUACUUUUACCCUACCUGUGGUAGCGGUGUGUCGACGCACGGCGACGUUGUUGGGCACUGCUCGCAGUUGUGUGGAUUUCCUCGUCUGUGGUUGCCACCCCUGGUGGCUGCCGUUUUAUGGGCAUCACAAAGUGAAGAUAGUGCAGGGGAUGAAGAUUAGGUAAUAUUUCCUUUAUCUAACGUUUGCGUUAAGAUGAAAGCGUUUACAUGUGCGUAAUCUAUUCUCAAGCACUUGCUUCAUUAUGUUUUUCUCUUUUAGGAAGGCAUUUAUAAAAUGAACUUUUGUGUCCUUUUUGCGAACAGUGGAAUAGAUCCUUCGGUUAUACUUUGCUGUAAAUAUAAUAAACAACUCAAGGUUCAUGGAAGUUCCCUAUUCUGGUACCAUGCCUUUAUGCACUGCU